GGAUAUCUGCUUGGAAAUUGAAUGGCUACUGGGGAAAUGAACAGUAGUGUUUAUUUGGAAAUUAACUCUGCUGGGCUAGUUUUAAAUGUGGGAAAAGUCACUCUUGGGGCGAAGAAUAGAAACAAAAUGAAAGAUUGUCAACUACGAAAAAAGCAGAAUGAAAACAUCUUACAAGCUGUUGUUACUUUGCUGAAUUCUGAAGGGGGAAUGAUCAAGGCUGAAAUUGAGAAUGAAAGCUAUAGUUACCAAAAGGAUGGAAUAGGACAAGAUUUGGAAAAAUCUGUUGGAAAUAUUCUUCCAUCUGUUCCUAAAUACUUAAUCUUUAUGCAGCAAGGUAAAUAUUUUCAGAUUUUUGUCAAGUCAUGGUGCUCAGAAAUCUCCGGUUUACGGAUUGUCACCUUGAGGACCAAUUUGUACAGAAGGGAUGUGACAUGUACAAAUAUGAUGAGUGCCACUGAUACACUGGAGUUCCUCAAAGCCAAGAGCAAAACUGGAGGGAGAUGUUCUGGACCGAAAUUGCCUCCACAGCUGGAUGUACAAAAAGAGACUGACAUAAAGGACUUGGCUGAUGUCUUUUUUAACAGGACACAACUCAGGUACAGAGAAGAAGUCCCCUUUACUGAAUCCACACAUGUUGAAAUGAAAGCCUUCUCAACAGGAAAGUGGUUGCAACGCAUCAAAGAGAUCCUCCCUCGUUAUGUUUCUGCUUUUGCGAAUACUGAUGGGGGAUAUUUGUUUAUUGGGUUAAAUGAAGAAAAAGAAGCAGUUAGCUUUAAAGCAGAGGUGAACGAUCUUAAGAAGUUAGAAAUAGAGAUAAAAAAAUCCAUUAGGAAGUUGCCGAUCUAUCACUUCUGUAGGCAGAAGAAGCAGAUAAAAUCCACAUGCAAAUUCUUUCCAGUAUAUGACGAAAGAAGUCCUUGUGGAUAUGUCUGUGCACUCAAAAUAGAGCCAUUCUGCUGUGUGGUGUUUGCUAAGGAGCCAGAAUCCUGGCGCGUGAAAGACAACCAAGUGUGGCAGUUCACUGCGGAGGAAUGGAUCUCCACCAUGUUGCCUGCUAACCCAGAAGAUGGCUCUUCCGUACGGAAGAUGGAACACUCUUCCCUCAGUAGCACAAUCUGGUGCAAAGAUCCAAUUAACACUAUUUUCCCUCCCUACGACCUCUUCACUUACUCUCAGUGA